AUGUUUCGAAGUGCGAACGUACAGCUUCAGUGGACGAUAUGCUCUUCCUCUGACAACAUCACAAUACACUGCAUGCCCGGGAUCAGUCUUCCUUCGCCUUCCGUCUGCGCUCGCUGCCUGCGCGUUCGGCUUCCGACCGUCCACUCACGCAUUCCCUCGACUUCCCGAUAUGCUUCUGACACUACGACGCCACCCAAGCCGAGUGGCAAGAAUGGCGAGGAUGGACCGCCGGAGGAUAAGCCGCAGGGUGCAAUGUCCAGAAAGCUGCAAGAGAUGACAGAGGAGAGCAUCCAGACGGGCAGAAGAAGCGCUCGCAGAGCAGUGGAAGAGGGAGGCUACCAUUUCAGCGAGUCCCUCAAGGAGGAGCUGGAGGCAAAGAUUGCCAGUGCGAACUUUCGGAAUGAAAACGCCAGUGCUCUCGCGGAGGCAGAUCUUCCUGCCAGUACUGCAAAACACAUCCGAGAGACCGCGGCGGCACGGCCGUGGACUGGGACGGAGACAGUUGAGGAUGCUUCCUUGCGAAUGCUGAACGACUCCUACAAGCCAUUGCGUGGCGCUGCAAAGGGCUCCGCCUCCCGCAGUCCGCCGAAAAAGGUGGAUACGGGACGUCCGAAACAGAAGCCUGGUGCCGGCGCCCGACUCGCGAAUGCUCGCGAUCGAUCGUCGUUGUAUUCGUACGCCAACGAGCAGGAACAGAGUCGCUUGACAGAUGAGGAGCGAGAGAGCUUUCGCAGAGAAAUGAAAGCAAGAUUCUCGCCAGGGGCUCGUCAGGUAGCCAUCUCAAUUUCGGGUAUACAAUCGCUGGCAGAGGAAAGAAUUCAGGAUGCAAUCGGAAGGGGACAAUUCAAAAAUUUACCAAGAGGCCGCCCCCUAGAAAGAGAUCAUCUUGCGAACAGUCCGUUCAUCAACACAACAGAGUAUUUCCUCAACAAGAUGAUCAAGAAGCAGGACAUCGUGCCACCGUGGAUUGAGAAGCAGCAAGAAGUGAUGAGCACAGCGAACAUAUUCAGAAAGCGUUUACGCAACGACUGGAAACGACAUGUCUCUCGCAUCAUCGCGAGUCGAGGUGGCAGUCUAGAAAGUCAGAUGAAGCUCGCCGAGGAGUAUGCUCUGGCAGAGUCAAUCGAGAAUCCCUCAAAGAAGCAGGUCGAGACUGUCAAUACUGUCGAUGCGAAAGGUCACAUGUCAGAGAUCACCAUCUCCGGCGAACUCAAAGGCAGGACGCCUGAAGACCCGGACGAUCCAGCCGUUCUGGAGGAGCAGAUCAAAGUCAUGGAACAGACCUUCAACGACGACGGCACGCUCAAGGCAACAAAUCGAGAAGUGAUCGUCGACACCGAACAACCUCUCCUCAUCCAAGCAUCACCUCCUUCGGCCCCUCGAAAGCCAACGGUGUCCGCAUUCCGUGACCCGCAAUGGAUGGCCACCGAACGCUCUUACCAUGAACUCGCCAUCAAAUCCCUCAAUGAGGUCCUCAGAUCGUACAACCUUAUGGCUCCCGACUCCGCCAAGAAACCCUACUUUGAUCUCGACCGCGAGCUGCGAGCGUGUUUCGCGGACGUGGCGCCUUCUGUUGCGGCGGCUAUUCGCGAAAAGGCGCUGGCGCCAAAGAUCCGAGGCGUGGAGGUCAUCGGACAUACUCCUGGCAGUGUGCUGAACAAGUUCUCAAUGGACAAGGCCAGUCAUGUCUAUGAUGAGAGGAAACCGCAAUAUGGUUGGAAGGAGUUCUGGCGGGAUCUCUUUGCGCCGAAGCAUAUGAGACCUGCGGGAUAUAGCACGCAAACCAGCACGGUCCUCAUCGCUCCGCAUUCUCGAUACAUCUACUGGCUCAGCGGCAUGAGCUUCAAAAUGAACCACUAA